CUUAAUCGGAUGAAGAUUUAGUUCACAAAAUUGUUGAUAACAAAAUUUCUGGUCACAUAGGUGAUGAAUUCCCCCCACAUUAUUAUCAUACAAAUUCUGGUUCUUUUCUUCUUCUAAGCAACAACCAUGUUGUUGCGAGACAACCACCGAAUAGCGAUUCAUGGUACAAUGUUGAAGCUCGUUGUGCGCAAAGGAAUCCCCAUCAUCACCCACCCUUCAUCAUUCUCCACAUCCACCUCUGACGAACACGUCAUCAUCAUCCACAACCUCACCUCCUCCGCCAACGACUUCGCCAAAGCCACCUUCCUCACCAGACUGCAUCUCCAAAACUCAACACCCCACACCCUCUUCCACGCUCUCACCCGCGCCAACCUCACGCCCCGCGCCUUCGCCGUCCUCAUACUCGCUUUCUGCCAACUGGGUCUCGUCCACCAAGCCCUCUCCCUUUUCAAAAACCAUUCUUUUCUUCCUCCGUUGCAGCCCUGCAACGCGCUUCUCCAUGGCCUCGUCAAGACCCACAUGUUCGAUUCCCUGUGGGAGGUCUACGGAGACAUGGUGUCGCGCGGCUUUUCCCCCACCGUUGUCACCUACGGCAUUUUGAUGAAUGGUUACUGCGUACAGGGUGAUUUUAGCAACGCGCGCAGGGUGUUCGAUGAAAUGCUCCAGAGAGGGAUUGAACCGACGGUGGUGGUUUACACUAUUCUCAUUCGCGCGUUUUGCAACGAGGGUCGGAUGGGAGAGGCAGAGGGCGUGUUUGGACGAAUGAGGGAAUCUGGGGUGGUGGCUCCCAAUUUGUACACUUAUAAGACCCUCAUGGAUGGGUAUUGCAGGAUGGGUGAUGUGAAACGGGUUUUUGACUUGUAUUGUGAUAUGCUGAAGAGGGAGUUGCACCCUGAUGUUGUCAUUUUUGCUACUCUGGUGGAUGUUCUAUGCAAGGUGGGGGAUUUGAAGGCUGCGCGAAACUGUUUUGCUUAUAUGGCCAAGUUUGAUGUUGUUCCUAAUGCGCAUGCUUAUAAUUCUUUGAUUCAUGGGUAUUGUAAGGUAGGGAACUUGGCUGGAGCAAUGCGCUUGUGGGUGGAAAUGGAAAAGUGUGGAAUCUUCCCUGAUGUUUUUACGUACAAUAUAGUCAUCAAGGGUCUGUGUGACUCUGGUAGAUUGGAAGAGGCUGAGGGUUUGAUGGAGAAAAUGGACAAAGUUGGGGUUCUUGCCGAUUCUGUGACAUACAAUGUGGUGAUUGAUGGGUGCUGUAAAACAGGUGACAUGGAGAAGGCUAUUGAGGUGUGUUCCCAAAUGACUGAAAGGAAAAUUGAACCAAAUGUUAUUACAUUUUCGACGCUGAUUGAUGGGUUUUGCAAGAAAGGAAAUGUAAAAGCUGCGAUGGGCUUGUACACGGAAAUGGUCAUCAAGGGUCUUGCGCCUUGCGUGGUAACUUACACGGCGUUGAUUGAUGGACACUGCAAGGUUGGAAACAUCAAAGAGGCUUUCAGGUUGCAAAAGGAGAUGCUGGAAGCUGGACUAACUCCCAAUGUGUUCACAGUUAGUUGUGUAAUUGAUGGCCUUUUGAAAGAUGGAAGGAUACAUGAUGCAAUCAAACUGUUCUUGGAGAAAACUGGAGGUAAAAUGGAUGAUGGUAGGUUUUGUGCUCCAAACAGUGUGAUGUAUGCCAUUUUAAUUCAAGGAUUAUGUAAAGAUGGACGGAUCUUUAAGGCCACCAAGUUUUUUGCGGAAAUGAGAUGGAAUGGAUUCAAACCAGACAUGCUAGUUUAUUUAACCAUGUUGCAGGCGCACUUUCAAUUCAAGCAUAUGAUUGAUGUAAUGAUGCUGCAUGCAGACAUGCUGAAGAUGGGUGUAGUGCGAAAUACUAACAUAUAUCGUGUAAUGUCUAGGGGCUAUAGAGAGAAUGGAUACUUGAAAUCAGCUCAUAUGUGUUCUGAGCAUUUAAUGGAAUGUGGCAUUCGGUUUCCUGAUUCAGGAGGGUGAUGCAGGUUUGGCCUCUUUGACUGCUAGAUAUAUUGACAAAAGAUUUUAACAACCGAUCUUGAGUUACUGAAAUCAAGCAUGCCACUGGUUCUUAGUACAUUACAAACAAUUACUUAACAAGUGAUGUUCACUAAGUUAUCAUUUGCACACAUUGUGCUUAUUUGGUACUUGACCAAAUUGGUGGGGCUCGGUGUGGCAUGAACGGGUCUGUUUUGAUCAUGACCGUAGUAGCAUUACUCCAAGACCAUUGAGAAAGGCAUUGCGACAUAAAGGGGACUUGCUUUCCAAGACCUACAUGAAGGGGACUUGGGGUGUGUUUGGAAAAAAAAGUUGGGUUGAACGUAACUCAGAUAUUUUCAAUCUAUCGGUAUUGUGACUUCUCCCUUUGUAGCUUCGAAAUGUACGAACUAAGUUUGGUAGAUUGCAAAUGGCAAACCAAACACACUUGCUUUCCAACUUUGAUAUGAGAAAGGCAUGUUAGCAUUGGAUCUCUAUGGUUUUCUUCUCAUCCAAAGAGCACCAAUGACAGAGAACUGACAUCUUUUUUCACAAAAGUUAUCCUGAGGAAUGCCCUCGUGAAUUUAAAACUAAAUACUUGAUUAAGUAAAAUGGUACUGAUCUUAAUGCGUA